UGAACCGUUACGACAAUGCCCACUCGUCGUCCUCUUAGUCCUAUAAGUCUACAAUAUUAUACGUGUAUGUGCCCUGUUUGCGUUUUCUUCACACACACACACACACACACACACACACACACAGAGAGACGAAUAUGCGAAUAUUAGCAUCGGCUCAAAGUCAGUGCUUGUACGUCGCAGAAACAGUACGUCGCCGGCGACCGCUCGCUCACCAUACACACUAUAAUAAUAUCUAUUCGUCCGACCGUAAUUAUAUUAUUUAUAUCGUCUUCGAAAACCGUCGCCGCUAUCACCAUGUACGUCGAGUGGCUGCGAAGUAGCUCAUGCUAUGUGGUAAAGUGUGUGUUGUUGCUGCAACUCAUAUACAGAACGACUGGGGCAGGAUGUUCGGUGGAUCAUGGCAGUGGGAUGAAUUACCCGACGACCACUGCCAGCGGGACAUGGACAACUCGAGGCGGGAUAUCUUCUUACGGCUGGGACAGCCGACAGCCUAUAGAUCCAUGUAGUCGUUGUACGAACGUCCCACCGCCAUUGCCCGGAUCUCAGUACACGACACAAGCCCACGACGGUGGGAUGUACAGUGUAAACGACCGUAUUAGCGUCAGUGGUUAUAUGUCAGAUAAUCGGGUUUCUGUGAGCGGUUAUAUGACUGACAACCGAGGUAGUGCGGGUAUGCACGGUUCAGAUAAUCGACACACUGGUUACGGUUCCGACAAUCGAGGUAAUGGUUAUAGCACUGACAAUAGGGGCCACAUGAACAAUCGGCCCAACGGUUAUAACUCGGUCGGUCAUAUUAAUGGCAACGGUUAUAUGUCGAGUAGUUCUAACUACGGCGGUAACAGUCACGUUACUGAUAAUCACGUUCAAAUAUACAACACCCAUAACGCAGACAGUCAAAUAAAAAAUCCCAAUUACCGGGGUAAUGGUUACGAUAAUUUAAGCCCUGAAUGGGAACGAAGACACAACAACAAAAAAGUUAGCGUUGUUGGUAGCAACAGUUUCUAUGGAAGCGGUAUGGGUGGUGGUAGUGGCAGUGGCGGCUACGGAGGAGCUAUAGGUGGGGUUGGUGGUUAUGGAGGAGGUAUCAGUGGAGGAAGUAUUAGUGGAAAUGGUGGAUAUGGAAGUGGUGGGUAUGGAAACAGUAUCAGCGGAAGUGGUGGUUACGGAGACAGUGGUUAUGGACAUGGUACUAGUGGUUCCGGAAACGGCGGAAGUGGACAUUAUCAAGGAAUGUCGUAUCCUGUCCCUAAUAUUCCCGACGGCCAUGGAACACAAAUGCAAGGUAAUUAUCAUAGACCGUCCAACGACCGGUGGAGUAUCAAAGGAGCAUAUCCAGUGAAAGUAGAAUCAGGAUAUUGGCAGAGUCAACCACCCAAAGACAUCGGCUGGGAUGAGGCAAGCAAGAAGGUGGGAGUGAUAGCCGGAUGGAUUGGUGGCCCGAAAAAGUACGAGUCCAGUAAACCUUCAACGGCGUAUGGUUCACAUCAGGUGAAUGAUAAAAACGACGAUGAUUACUUCAACAAGGGAACCGGUUACGAAAACAGUCCAGACCGAAAAAAACCUUAUAUGGGUUGGGGAGGUUCCGGAUCGUACGAGGUGGUCAAAAUGAACAGCGGAUACAAGUACAUCGACAGGAAUAGCAACAGUGACUACGGUACUUCUUACGGAAACGGUUAUGGUUAUGGGGGACAGAAUUACAAUAACAAACCUAGUCAAGAUUACGGUUUGAAACCGAUGAACGUCGAUCAUGGCAGGCCAUACGACCACGGAACUUCAAGUUACACUAAACCUGCACACGGCUAUGAUAAGCCAAUAAACGACUACGGUAAACCCGCACACGACUAUGGUAAACCAACCACACAAGACUACGGUACACCAACCACUCACGAUUACGGUUCUAGGCCCCAUGUUGAUUUACAGAGUACAUCGCGUCCAAUUGGGUUUGAAGUCACAACCCCACGACCUCUAGGCUGGGGUUUUCAGAAACCAGGAUAUCCAGCUAUAGCUUCUCGGCCCACUCAGCACUGGGGUGAAAACUCUUUUGUUGAACAAUCGGUCAAUGUAGGUGGCGGUUCAGUGGGUUAUGACAGACCCGGUGGAAAUGGUGUCAGUAGACCGGUUGAUUAUGGAGUUUUGAGACCAGAAAGUUACGGAACUCAGAGACCAGUUGAUUAUGGUGUUUCGAGACCUGACAGUUACGGAGCUCACGGGCCAGUUGAUUAUGGUUCUCCGAGACCAGGUAGUUACGGAACUCAGAGCUCUGAAGGUUAUGGAUCUCCAAGACCAGAUAAUUAUGGAUCUUCUCGUCCGGAUAGUUAUGGAUCUUCUCGUCCAGAUGGAUAUGGAUCAUCUAGACCCGGUAUUAGAGUUGAAACAUCAGACUAUGCAUCCUUCAGACCUUACGCUGGAUCCAUGAACAAUGUCGUAUCAGAUUAUGGCUCCCAAAAACAUGAGUUCGAUAAAUUCAGUGGUUAUUCAGAUAACGAAAGUGGUAGACCUCAGAUAAAUAACAGACCGGGAUACGACAACGAAAGGCCAUUUAUGAACGGAAACGAAGUCUACGGUUCACAGCAGGGUUCGGGAUAUGGUAAAGGAUACGCGUCGAAUUGGGACUAUUCUAAUUCCAUGAGGGGACAGUCCAGCAACGGAUGGAAUGACCAGCAGCGGGACUACUUACAGAGGAGACCUGAUGGUGACGUGUUGCAGUCCGGAUCAAGCUUCCGACCCUCCGAGUCCACUCCUCUACAUUACAACGGACACAGCGGCAUCGGCGCAUCCACCGACAACGGUUUCCUGUACAGGGGUUCGUCAACGGUCGGUGGCUCGUCUACCACUCCUAUGCCGACGACUAAUGAUUCGUAAUCGUUUUCAUAUUAGUCAUAAUUUAAUCAAUAUGAUUUUCGGUCUUCCUUUUUUUCGCAGUGUACAUUUUUCUCGAAACCGUGCAAUAUCUUCCUAGCGUUAACGGGGUCAUUAAUCGCCCCGAUCAAUAUUAUAAAUAAUAUUAUUAUUUAUAGGUAUCGAUACAUUUUUUUUUAAAAAUGUGAAGAACACUUAUUUUUAUUUUCCUAUGGUGGCAUAUGCAAUUAGUGACAAUUGAUCAUCAUCUACGUAACACGUACAAAUCUAUUAGGUACUAUUUUAACAAUAAUUUUAAAUUAGUUUUAACUUAUAAGUAUAAACAUAACAUAUGUCAUAAAUUGAGCUGGGAUUUAUAUGUAACAAAAAACCAAAAAUAUGUACAUACGUAUGUAACUAAAAUGGCCAAAUUAUGUAGUAAAAAAUAUGCAAUGAAAAAAAUUCAAAAAUAUGUAAACGCAAUAAAAAUAUAAUUCUAAAUAAUUCAAUUAGUUCGAAGUAAAACAAUGAAGAAUCAUGAAGUGUUUUAAAUUUUCAAAAUUAAAACUACAGUGAUUUGGUUUUAACACUAACUUAUACCUACAAAAUAUGUGAUCAAAAAUAAAAAAAAAUGUAAUAAAAAAAAUUUGAAAAUAUUUUAAAUAUAAGCCUUUAUACUCAUAUACACUUACAAUUUUUAAGAGUAGGUACUAGGUACUAUUAUUGAAAUAUAAAUGUAUAAUACUACUUAACCACCAAUUUCGAUGCUGAAAUUGACAAAUAAUUUUACGUAUUAGAUUUUUUUUCAACAUUUACGAAAUAUGAAAAAAAGCAGACAUUUAAUAAAUAAUGUAAAACUAU